AUGGCCGGAGGCACGCUGACCACCAUUUCGCCUUCCACCAAUCAGCCAAUCUUGACUCGCCAGGAACCAAAUGCAGAGGAACUACAGGAUCUGCCAAAGAAGGCUCAUGCCGCCUAUCUCAAGUACCGCACGACCUCUCUUUCUACCCGGCAACGCACGGUCAAGAAGGCGCUGCAGCUCAUCCUCGACCGCAAGGAUGAGCUGGCGCGCGAGCUGACGGAGCAGAUGGGCCGGCCGAUCAGUUAUACGGAGAAGGAAAUCACGACGGCGGUGGCGAGAGGCGAAUACAUGCUCAAGAUCAGCAGCGAUGCCCUCAAGGACACGCCUGGACAGGCUGAGCAUGGCUUUCAAAGAUGCAUUCGGAAAACGCCGCUGGGGGUUGUUCUGGUUUUAUUUGCAUGGAAUUACCCGUAUCUCAUCCUCGUCAAUUCCCUCAUUCCCGCCCUGCUUGCUGGCGACUCUGUCAUACUCAAGCCGUCCCCCCAGACGCCCACCAUCGUCGAGCACAUCCACAAAAUCUUCCUCGAAGCCGGACUGGAGCAGGACGUCAUUCAAUACUUCCACUGCGGCGACUUUGACAGAAUCUCGCAGGUCAUCAACGCCCCCGAGGUGCAGCUCGUCUGUUUCACCGGCUCCGUCGCGGGUGGGCUGGCCGUGCAAAAAGCUGCUGCUGGUCGGAUCGAUUGCAGGGUUGGGCUGGAGCUGGGUGGCAAUGACCCGGCCUACGUUCGGCAUGAUGUCGACCUCGACUGGGCGGCCGAAGAAGUUGUGGACGGUGCCGUCUUCAACUCGGGUCAAAGCUGCUGCGCCAUCGAGCGGGUAUAUGUUCACAACGACGUUCACGAUGCCUUUGUCAAAGCCGUCCAAAAGGUCAUGUCCAAAUACAACCUGGGCGAGCCGCUGAACGAGAAGACGAACGUGGGGCCGGUCAUCAGCAAAGCAGCCGUCGACAAGAUUCAGAAGCAGGUCGCAGAUGCUAUCAAAGGCGGUGCACAGGAUGCUACGCCAUCGAAUGCCACGUUCGACAGCCUGCCGUCCACGAAUGGCAACUAUGUGAAGCCCACCCUGCUCAUCCACUGCAGGCCGGACAUGCAGAUCAUGCAAGAGGAGACAUUCGGUCCCAUCAUUCCCGUGCAAGCCGUGGCCAGCGACGAUGAGGCCGUCCGCUUCAUGAACCAAAGUGAUCUCGGCCUUACCGCUUCCAUCUGGACGAAAGAUGUGCAGAAGGGUCAAGAAUUGGCGGAGGGCGUGGAAGCAGGCACCGUGUUUGUCAACCGUGCAGACUAUCCCUCUCCCGAUCUCGCGUGGACGGGAUGGAAGAACAGUGGCAAAGGGCAAAGCCUGAGCGUCUUUGGGUUCGAGCAGUUUGUGAGACUGAAGAAUUUCCACGUCAAAGACUACCCUGUCAAGUAA